AUGAGACACAAUCUGGUGUGUCAGACACCUCCCACUGUCACUGUUCAUGUAAAAUCAAGUGCAUCCAGAUCACAUCAGCAAAAAAACCUUAUUAGACUAAAGCGGCCUACUUUUAAAGACCAUGAAGAAAAUUGUGAAAAAAAGGUUCCUAGUCAUAAAUAUAAAUGUCCAAAGGGACCAUGUCUAGUUAUUCAGCGUCAGGAAAUGACAGCUUUCUUUAAAUUAUUUGAUGAUGAUCUAAUCCAAGACUUCCUUUGGAUGGACUGUUGCUGUAAAAUUGCAGACAAGUAUCUCUUGGCAAUGACUUUCGUUUAUUUCAAGAGGGCUAACUUCACAAUAAAUGAGCAUACCAGAAUCAAUUUCUUUGUCGCUCUGUAUCUGGCAAAUACAGUUGAAGAAGACGAUGAAGAAUCGAAGUAUGACAUUUUCCCAUGGGCUCUGGGAAAAGCCUGGAGAAAGCUCUUCCCUGAUUUCUUAAAGUUAAGAGAUCACCUAUGGACUAGAAUUGGCUACAGGGCUAUUGUAAGCAGACGCUGCUGUGAAGAGGUGAUGGCUAUUGCUCCAACACAUUAUGUAUGGCAGCGAGAACGUUCUAUGUACCACUGUGGAGCUGUGAGAAAGUACAACAAUGAUGAUGUACAGCUGCCCCGAGGACCUAGUGCUACUCCUACAGACUGCUUGCUUUGUGGUAAGAAGGGAAGAUUUGUACGACUAGGAUUAUCAUCUUCUUCCUCCUCAUCUGUGGGCACUUUGGAGAUGACAGAACCACAUUCAUCCCAGAAUUUGAAGGACACCUUUCCAACUGAAAAAAUGCUCGUUGACUCUCCUAUUUAUUAUGCUCGAGACUGUCAGAGCCUAUCCUGCAAAAGGAGACAAGGUAGCACCUUGAACCAAGACAAAUCCAUGGAUUGGUUUACAAGCAAUGAAGAAUGAAAUGCACCCAAUGAGACCGAAACAGAUACUGUGCUCUGCGGAAGAAUCUGUGUUGCAUCAUACCACCACCCCUGAGGAUUGUUAAAACUUUUCCCUUUAAAUAGUAAGUGGGAUUUCAAACUUUAUAUGCAGUAGCAAUCAAAGCAGUCAUUACUGAAAAGUCACACAACUUGCAAAAUGUAGCAGUUACUGUGUAACGUUUUAUUUUCUUCUGAUACAAUACUCAAAUUAGCAGCUAACAUCUCAGCAGCAUCAAGAAAGCAGUGGUUGAAACUUUCUCAGCUUGGUAAGGAAUGCUAAUUAAAAAACAGAACAAGUUACUACUUCAGUAUUUCAAUAUACAAUGAUUAGUUUAUUAUUAAAAGUUUUAUGAUUUCAUGAUAUAGCAACAUGUCAAAUGCUAGUACAAAAAAAUACUAUUUUCAAAAAUAAAAUACCCCUAAACAUUUAAGAUAAAAAACACUUUCCAAGUGUCUCACCUGAAUGAGCAUCCUGCCAGUAAGAUGGUCUAGCAACGUAAGGCACCGAGUAGUAUGUUUCAGUGUCAUCAGAAAGCAAUUCUGUGAGAAGUAAAUUUUUUUUAAUUCUUUCCAAAAAGUUUAACAGACACAUGCAGACUAGAGUUGCCAACGCGCAUGGAUUAUUUUUCCUUGACGUAUUUUAAUUUUCUUUUUGCUUCUGUUAAAGUGCUCUGUUGUCACCUAUCAGUACCUUCAGAGCUCUUUGCUUUACUAUGGAUUUUGCAAAUCUCUACUAACAUGAGGCAUCUUUUUUGGAUUAGCCAAAACAGCGGGAUUAUGAAACAGAGCACACUGGUAAUGUUUCUUCUGUGGAAUUCUUAAGCCCAUCAGGUCCUGUUGCUGCUUUAGAGGACCAAGUAUAGAGGACUGAAUUUUAUUAAAAAUAAAAGUUUGAAAACAGUAGAAGGGCAGUCAUUUUUUAUUUGCAGAUUAAAAACCUAGACUAAAAAGAAAAUAAAUUGCAAUAAGAUAUUUAAAUAACAAUUAAUAUCUUUUUUUCAAACCUGACAAGGUCUAGGCUGUCCAGAAGCUUGUCUAUUCUUCACAACAAUCUCAGCUGACCUAAGAAAAAAAUACUGCCUCUUCCUACAUACUGCCUCUUCCUACAAACUUUGCCUUCAUUAUAUCCUUGGAUUAUCAAACUGCAGUAACAGGGUAUUUCAUCAGCAAUAAUGUUCUUACCAUUGUAUUCACUUUCUUUAAGAACUAGUUGAUCCUGAAAGUGGAUUUCUCCAUAUUCCUUUUGAGGUGGUUCUUCAAUAUUUUCUUGAGUUUCCACCAUUUUGCUUGAUUUGCAAUUCUUGAUUUUAGCAGGGAGUACCAACCAAUUUCUAUGAGUCACCUCAGUGAUCCUUUCACACAAAAGAGGGAGCUUGCAGGUCCGUAUUCUGUCUAAAAGGUCAAUAACCUGUGUGAUGCUUGUGAAGAAAUGCAAAGGAUAAAGUAGUAUUUUGAAAACUCAAAUCACACACUGUUAGUCUCAGUUCUCCUGCCUUUGUUACAUGAGGUUACACGAGUCCUUCAACUGGAGGGUGAAGGAGCUAGCAACCUGACUACUGAGUGGGAAAACAGUACAGUUAUUUUGAGGAUGUCAUUAAGUGAAAACUUCACUGACCAUAAAGAGACUGUUCCCAAAGUAAAGGCCAAGGGAUUUGGCCAAGUGUAAUUUACACUGAGUGCAACUCCUUGAAAAAAAUUACAUGGGGAAAAAAAUAAUUUGUUAUUAAACAUUUCAUUAAUGCUGGAUGUAUAUUUUAAAAGAUGUUUGGUUUUUUCAGGUGUUGCCUGAAUAAAUGUGUAACUGCCAGAAGUACUUACUUUGCUAAAUACACAGCGCACACACCACCCUGUUUCAGACUUGGGUGUACAACAGGCAGAGCAGACUGAGGGUUAAGCAUGUCCAGAACUACCUGCAAGGGAAACAUGCAGAUAUGUUAAUAUUUACUGGGAAAACAUUUUUUUUUCCAUAACAAUGCUGCUUGAAAAAAAAAAAGUUUAUCUGUUGAAAAGGAAUGCAUACAACAGCAACAUGUAAUCACAAACCAGUUUAAUUACUCAAAACCUUAGAGAAACCUGAGGUGCAUACAUUUACAAAACAAAAUCCUUGCUACUUCCAAAUGAAUUUCUAUUAAAACAGCAAGUAGUGUUUCAUGAACACAGUUAGUCCUGUGUUAACGUUAAAUGUCCUGCUAAUGAAAUUCCAUAAUGCUGACAUUAAUAAAAACUUUUGGCAGACUACAUUUACUAGCACCUUUGGAUAUCUAGUUUUCAAAUGUAAAAAAAAAAGUUCCAAGUGCAUCUUUAUCAUGAAAAGAUCACACUACAGUCUCAAUGUCUAAUUUGCUGUUUGCUUCAGGAUUUAGGAAACUUCUGCCUUUGGCAAUCUUCUGCUAGAAAACUAUUCAAACUGUAAACCAGCGGGAUAUGCAAUACCCGAUCCUUCCUGUAGAGUGUUACUUUUAAAGUUUUAAAAAAUGGUAUUUUUAUGCUAUAUAUUUUAUUUCUUUGCUCAAACUGUUUAACACAAUUGUGGUUUGUUUAAAGCGUUAACGUAAGUAGUUUGCCUGCUUUACAUGGAGGAGUGGCUAACAUCUUGCUGUUUUCUCCAGCACGCCUCCCUUUAAAAAUCUGGAUAUAAAAAACAGGACAGGAGAGCAAGCAAGAGCAUUCCUUACUCUAACUUAGGCCUUAGUUACAUUGUGCAUUCUAUGUAGCUGAUGACAAAAGUGUUUACAUAUUUAUAUUUUCAAUAAGCUUAUGUAUUUUUCUUAAAUGUAAUGUUUGAAAUAUAAGCCUUAGAUACACAAAUAUCCAUUUCUCCAAAAUACAAGAAAGUAAGUUUGUCUUUGCUUACAAGACAGCAGUGAUUCACUGUAGUAUUUCUGUACUACAGCCAUAUCGCUCUUUCAUUUGGGAAACCAUAACUGAAACCUUGAAAAUACUUGUAAUCGGACCAAAAAAAAAAAAAAA